AUGAUGCGGGGAUCAUCACAACAGUUCAUGGGAAUCCCCGGACCCCAAAAGAUCCUCAAAACAAUCAGCUCCAUAUGGCUUUCGCAGACCCCCAAUGAGCUUACAACCCCUGGAUCCUCAUCCUCAUGUCCCGGAUCAGAAAUCAGUUGUCAAGCCCAGUACCACGGCCAAGACACCUGCUGCUUCAACUACCCCGGUGGUCAAAUGCUGCAAACUCAAUUCUGGGACGUGGAUCCUGCUCUCGGCCCUGCAGAUGCAUGGACUAUACAUGGGCUUUGGCCCGAUCACUGCGGCGGCGGCUUCGACCAAUUCUGCGACUCCAAACGCGAGUACAGUAAUAUCUCGCUGAUUCUCGUUGAUGCGGGACGUGGAGAUUUGCUCGAUUAUAUGAGUGAGUACUGGAAGGAUUUCCGGGGCGAUGAUUCCAACCUUUGGCAACAUGAGUGGAAUAAGCAUGGCACUUGCGUCAGCACACUCGAAACACAUUGCUACACGGAUUACUUGCCGCAACAGGAAGUGGUGGAUUAUUUCGACAAGACUGUUGAGGUAUACAAGGAGUUGCCCUCUCAUGAGUUCCUCGCCAAUGCUGGCAUCAUACCAUCCCAAACAAAGACAUACGCUCUCGCAGACAUCGAAGCCGCACUGGAGCUUGCCCAUGGAAACCCCGUUACAGUGCGUUGCCGAAACGGCGCCCUCAACGAGAUCUGGUACUACUUCAACAUUGCAGGAAGUCUGCAAACAGGGAAAUUCAUCACUGCAGGUCCAGAUGGCCAGAAAUCCAACUGCCCAUCCAAAGGCAUCAAGUACCCGCUAAAGCAUCCCAAGCACGAACCAACCCCAGGCCACCCCGAGCCCAUAGCACCGGGGACCCCCUUCGCAGGCCGAGGCAAUCUAAUCGUCUCAACAUUGAACCGGAAGUAUGGUUGUAUAAUCAGCUACGGAACCUGGUUCACCUCAGGGACCUGUGCUACUUUCCGAGCGGAGAAGCUAUCAGUUAACAUGAAUUCAUAUCUCACAGAUGACAAAUUCACCCUGAAAUCUAGCAAGGGGCCCUGCGCUUUCCAGGGUGACGCCCUUACUUGCGGACCUCAGAUCACCGCACCAAGCGAAUUCACUGCCAAGGGCGAUAAACUGACUUAUAAUGAUCGCAAUAUCUUCUUUGCGGAUCAUGUCCCUUCGAAGCGGACGCAGAGUACUGUGUAUGCUUCGCAGGGACAACGGUCUAUCGAGGUGGAGAUUACUUGGACUGGGAAGUAA